UGGGAUCAGGGAGCUGCUGAGAAGCGCAGUCUCCGCUAUAUACACCAUCACAGAUCGUGGAGUUGGGAGAGAGAAUACAAACACUCACAAUGGGGACAGGGGAUUAUAUCUGCGUUACUAUGAAUGGAGGAGCGCCUUGGGGCUUUAGAUUACAAGGUGGCAAAGAACUCCAGGAGCCCCUUCAUGUCUCCAAGGUUCGAAGCAUGAGCAAAGCUUCUGCUGCUGGAUUAUUUGAAGGUGAUGAAGUUGUUUCAAUCAAUGGGACUCCUUGCACUGAUAUACCCUACUCAGAAGUUGUUGCUCUUAUUGAAAAGUCGGCUGAUAACCUACAAAUGCUUAUAAAGAGGACACUAAACAAGACAUUGGUGCUGGAAAAUCCAAAUGGAGAAGGUGAAUUUUGUAACAGACAGGAAUACACAGAGAGCACUACACUGGAGAUCAGACGUUCAUCGCAAUCUGCUCCUAGGGCAGAUGAAAACCCUGAACAUAAAAACCAGGCUUUCUUCGCAAAGACAAAGGGGGAAAGUGUUUGUUUAGAGAAAGAGGUAUUGCAACCCCACAAGAUUACCCCUAAAGUUAUUGAAACUCCAAAGGCUUGUGUGACAGGUGAGAUCCCUGUGAAAGGAAGAACAGAAGAAGGAAGACAAGGCCCAAUGGUUGAACUGCAGUUGUCCCUUCCGCAGGACAUACAUUUAGGAUCGGGUACCCCUACUGUGACUGUUGUAGGUGCAGAAACUUGCAAAUCUUCAGAAACAGAAGACAGUCUACAGCAAGGGAACACUAUAUCUAUGACCGAAGUGUGUCUUAGUCAGAGAGAGCAACCUGUCCAGCAGUCAUCUACGACAUUCCAGAUAGUGGGCAGACCACAGACAAAAAUUAUCGCAGCAAGAGAGGUGGAAGAUCCAUCUUUCCCCAGAGUUGAAUUGAUCCUAGACUGCUCUGGCAGAGAGAAUGAGUCCAGGUCUCUGUCUGUCAGGGGGUGUGUUGAAUCUGGAGAGGAAGGAGGGCAGUCAGAGACACCUCCUUCUGCUGUCUCCUUUGGAAUCAAAGCAGAAGACUCAGAGCAAGGAGAGGAGGACCAGCAGGCUGAAAGAGAUCAUAUCAGACCCAACAAACACAGGGCGAGGCACGCAAGGCUAAGGCGAAGUGAGAGUCUCUCUGAGAAGCAAGUGAAAGAAGCAAAGUCUAAGUGUAAAAGCAUUGCCCUGCUGCUAACAGCUGCUCCAAACCCAUCGUCUAAGGGGGUGUUGAUGUUUAAGAAGCGUCGCCAAAGGGCCCGGAAGUAUACCUUAAUUAGCUACGGGACUGGGGAGCUUGAGCAGCAAGAGUACGACGAGGACGACGAAGGUGAGGACGAGAACGAAGACAAAGCUAAUAAAGAAAACACAUUUGAAGUCACUUUGUAUGGAGCAAGCGAGUCAGAUCUAGAUGAAGAUUUCUUCUCAGAUCCUGACAACGAAGCAAAAGUUGUGACUUUUGACUGGGACACUGGUCUUGUAGAGUUUGAAAAGAAACUUAAAAGUGGUGAGGCCAUGGAGGAGCUUCCAGAUACCAAAGGUAAAGGUGUCCUCAUGUUUGCAAGAAGGAAGCAGAGGAUGGAGCAGAUAACAUCAGAACAAGAAGAAAUCAGAAAGCAAAAUAUGGAACAGAAGGUGUCUGUGACAGAGAAUAUAAGUAAUGGGGUUUCCCACCAGGAACAGCAUAGUGAAACGGUUAAAACACAAACCUGUGUGAGUAAAAGUUAUAUAGAAGUAAGCCAAGGAAGAGUGCAAAAUGGCAUAAUUGGUGGGCAUGAGUUAAGUUCACCCUUUCAGUCUUCUGAUGUGCAAAAAAACACAGGACUAAACAGAACAGCUAAACCUUUUGGAGAGAGUCAGAAUCGAGUAGCACUACCAUUUCCAUCUAGUAGAAGUGUUACAAGUCCAAUCUCAGAUGUUGCAGCACCACCUCCCUAUUCUUCAGUCACUCCACCUCCUGAGCCAAUGUAUCACGUGUCUUCACCUGUAUCAGGCAAAACUCAGGCAGCUGUGUGGUCGCCCUCAUAUCCAACAGAACACAUAGCUUCCAGAGAUGAAAGAAUUGCAGUUCCUGCCAGCAAAACAGGAAUACUACAGGAUUGCAAAAGAAGGACAGGGAAGCCUAUGUUUACCUUCAAAGAAGAGCCGAAGGUUAGCCCCAAUCCAGAACUUCUCUCUUUGGUUCAGAAUACAGAAAGCAAGCGUGGUACUGGAACUGGUAAUGAAUCAGGACCAGAAGAAGACUACCUUAGUUUGGGAGCAGAGGCCUGCAACUUUAUGCAAGUUCAACUGUGUAAACAAAAAACUCCUCCACCUGUUGCCCCUAAACCUUCUGUCAAAUCUCCUACUACUGUAACACCUGUUUCACCGGUGUGGGCACCACCAUCUGUAGCUUCAGCACCACCACAAGUCCUGCCAAGCCAGAACUUGUCUCAUAGUACAGAUCAAACACAACCACAGACAACUUUCCAUUCUUAUAAUCCUCCAACAUCUCUUAAUUUGUAUGGUCCUUACAGAGGUCCUUCCACAGUAGAUGCUGGUGUAAACCAAAAACAUCCAUCCAAAACACCUCCUACUACUCCACAUGGCAAUACUUCAGUUGCAGGAGGGGGAGGUCCUGCCUAUGAAAUGCCAGCUUUAAGAGGUAAAGGUGCAGAGUUGUUUGCUAAGAGGCAGUCUCGUAUGGAAAAGUAUGUGGUAGAUUCAGCCACUGUACAAGCUCAUACACCUCGACCAAUGUCUCCAACCCCAUCUCUGCCUUCUUCUUGGAAAUAUUCAUCAAAUGUCCGUGCCCCUCCGCCUGUAGCAUACAAUCCAAUUCAGUCACCACUUUACCCUCCUGCAGCUAACAAAUCUGCAACCAACACUGGAGCAUAUGGAUCAAAGAGCAACAAGAAAAAGCCUACAAAAGCUCUCAGUAGUCUUGAAGUUAUGAAGCAUCAACCAUACCAGCUCAACUCUUCCUUGUUCACUUUUCAACCUCCAUCUGAGACAGCAGCAUCGAAGUCAGAAACGCUGCCACCUGCAAGACAAGCACAGUCGAUAAAACCAACCAAAACCGUUUCAAGUACCAAUUUCCAGCCAAAACCUGUAUCUCCUCAGCCAUUCUACAAUGCAGAACCUUCGUUCCAGCCAAGUGUCUUCACCCCAACCAAUGAGGCUUCGUCCCCUGUGGGAUAUCCCAUGUAUCCAAGACAGGAAUCGCCGUUAGCAGCAUUGGUCCCUCCACCAAGGCCGAAGUUUUCUGCAAAGAAAGCUGGUGUUGCAGCCCAGGGAAGGGAUAACGGACGUUCACUGUCACUACCCGGAAGAAGCUUCUCAUCUGCCUGUAUGCAACCUUUGGCAUCCCCAUCUUCUCCCAUGGUUUUUGAGCCAUCACCUAGCUACGUGGACAACCCUGCAACACCAGACACACCUAGCAAGAGACUGACCCCAUGGGAAGCAGCGUCAAAGUCUCCCUUGGGUUUGGUGGAUGAUGCCUUUAUGCCUCAAACUCUGCACGAGUCCAUAUCUGCAAAUAUCGUGUCUAUGGCACGUAGGAAAACCCUUCCAGCGCCUUCUGCUGCUUGGAAGUCCACCUCCAAAACGCAACCAGAUCCUAUUUCACAAAGCUAUAAGAGUACGCAUGUGAGAAAGCAGAGUGGUGUUACACCAGUACCAAAAAAUGUAGUGUCUGCCCCAUCUUUCCAGUGUGGCUUUCAACUGAGGCAUCCAUAUUCCAGCCAGCAUUCCAUAACAAAUCUUAACAAUGUACCGCUCGAUACCAGGUCAGAGUAUUGCACAUCUACUACACGCAACACAAAUUUUAAUGCUUACCCUAGAGCAUGGAGACGUUAGUUGUCUAGGAAGACAAUUUAAUUCUUCCACUUAUUGUGCAGGCAUUCAAGGUUAAUUGCAAGUUGCCACGUUGCCUGCAUGUUAAUUAUUUGGGGUGUUAUCUAGAGGACAGGCAUACACUGUGUAUUCACUAAAGCUUUUCUCUGGUCCAAAGCUUUUCACAUAUAAAGCAUCACACACA